UUUACCACUGAGGUUAACCACCAAUAUAAUCAAGUUUGAGUGGUUAUUAGAACAUACAAGAGCAUCGAGGAUGGCCGAAGCGCGCGCAUUCGGUUCGACCUAUAAUAAGGACAUUGCCAAACAUGUAUGUGUAUUAUUGCUACCCAAAUAUGAGGCUCUCAAAUCUCCAGAUUUGACUAGGAAUGGUUGGCAAAUCAUGUCUCUAUUAGCCAACAAACGUCCUCUCUCCAACUCCACCAGACACCAAAAAGAAUCCAACCCUACCCACAGGAAGGUUAGGAGGGAAGAGAUAGAUUUUUAAAAUCCACAUAUAGAAAGGAAUAGCAGAGCUGAGGAUUAUGUGUAUUUAUGAUGGAUUGGGUGUUUUCCCAACUUUACCUUUCCUUUUGUCUGCAGCUUCAUGUAGCUGGCAAAAGGGGCAGGUGUGGUGUUCUGUUCUGUCUGUCUUGCUUCCCCCUGUUUUCUUUCUAGUGGCAAAUGGCCACUCCUUGAUGAUGGUUCUCUACUUUUUUUCUUUCCUUCCAAAGCUUUAUCUGUUCAUGGGCAGUCCUUUUGUGGUUAUCAUGGCCAAAGGUUUUCAUACUAUAGCUAAUGAGUGUUAUGUGAGUGGCUCAAAGUUCAUUAGUUGUAACAAUCAUUAAGGGCCGGUCCAUGGCAAACAAAAUUGAAAUCUGAAUUGAACUAAGACCCGAUUUGAUGUAUAAUUUGGUUUGGUUUUGAUUCUCUAAUUAAAGACCGUUUCUUUCGAACGUGUUUCUUGUAUAAGAAUGGAAAAGUAGACGACUUUUAAUUGGGAAUUGGAUGAAUUUGGAUUCUAUAGUAUGAAGUUUUUAUAUGGUUAAAUCUCGUCUACCUUUAUUUUUUUAUCUAGCUCAAAAUCUUAAUUUGGUGUACAUCUAGACCACGAUAGACCAUGCCUUUUGUUUAUCACUAAACUAAACUGCAGAUCGAAGAAAUUUUAUUUGUUAGAGAAGAAUUAAAUGAAAAUAAUGGACUUACAACCUUCCCGUUAUUAUCACGAUCAUUACGGGAACUAAAAAGUGGCCCAUGCAGGUCUCGAACCUGCGACCUUCGCGUUAUUAGCACGACGCUCUAACCAGCUGAGCUAAUAGGCCAGACGGCUUCUAUUGUGAUUUGUAAGAUUAAUUUUUAUAGUUACACUUGCCUUGUUUCCAAGGUCAUACCAACAUUCAAGAUAUUGUAUAUGAUAUUUUGAAUAUGGAUUUCACUAGAGAUGUUUUUAUGAAUUAGAAUCUUCAUUUCAAAUAGGAAAAAAACUUUUUUUUCAUUUAUUAGGCAAUAUAAUAUUUGUUGAUGGUAAAAAAAGAAGAAGGAAAAAAAAAACAUUUGUUAGAAAAAUAUUUGAGUAAAAAUUGACCUUCGCGUUAUUGGCCCACUGUGGGCUUUGCCACUAACCCGAGCUCAAGUUGAGAAGCCUCUUAUUAUACAUCUGGGCCCAUCAGGCCUACAGAUUCAAUCUUUCGUUUCUCCUUCACCACGGCCGAAAGAAAAAGUGAAAACCCCAGGGAUAAACCUUCCUCUCCCUCUCGCUCGCUGUCCCUCCCGCCUGAACCAGAUCGACGGGAAGACAGCCUCUCCUUCCAUUUGCUAGACAUUCAUGAAACCUCCGCUGCCUUUUCAAUCAUCGUAGAACAUCUUGUUUCCAGGUACUUGAAGCUCUUGUUUUACUAAUAGUUCAGCAAUUUGUUGAAUAAAAAUGGCGCGGAACUCAUGUUUGAGCUAAAGCUUGGGUUUUUAUGCGUCGGUUGGGCAUUAUAUGAACUUCCAUCAGCUUGAACUUGCUUUCAAUUCGGUGCCCUCUUUUUGCAUGGCUUUUGGGUUCUUAUGAUUAGGGUAGAUGAUGAAAUUUCAUUGCUUUUGGAAUGAUCGGAUUUGUGUGUUUAAAAUGCUUGCAGAGGGAGAGAAGGCAUUCCAUGAUUUAUCCAAAUUCGGAGUAUGCUGAAUCUGGGUAUUCGUUAUAAUAAUUUGUGAGCAAUGUUGCAAAGAACUGCGGUUUCCCCAAUUUUCAGCAGCACAUCAUCGCCUCUCUUGUUAAUGGCCAUUGCAAAAAGAAUCCCACUGAUGUCAUUUAUCCAGCAUAGCUAUCACACUUUACACCGUCCUUCCAUUCUCUCAUGCCAUCAUCCUGAUCAUCGUCCAUUUGCUCGACCUGUGAAGUUCUCUAGCAGAAGAGCUGAAUUUUGUAGCCUGGUGUCAUCAGCAGCAUCACGCAUCCAUGAGUCAUCAUCAACAGUGGCUACUAGGGUUUCGGGUAGAGAAACAAAAGCACAGAGGAGAGCUGCCCGGAAUUCGCCCGAGGGGCAGCUUCGCGUGAAGAUUGAUAUGUGCUCGAAAUCUGGCGACCUAACCGAGGCUCUCCGUCUCUAUGAUGAGGCACGCAGGGAUGGGAUCCCGGUUACCCAGCACCUUUACAAUGUAUUGCUGUAUUUGUGUUCUUCUUCUAAUGCGGGUUCCUUCUCUGAUUUGGGUUUGAAGAGGGGAUUUGAGAUAUUUCAGCAGAUGGUGAUUGAUAAAAUCGAUCCAAAUGAGGCGACUUUUACCAAUGCAGCUCGGCUUGCUGCAGGUUUGGAAGACCCUGAUAUGGCAUUUGAUUUGGUUAAGCAAAUGAAGAAUUUUGAUAUCCCUCCAAAAUUGAGGUCGUAUGGCCCGGCCUUAUUUGGAUAUUGCGAGAAGGAGAUGGCUGAUAAAGGUUAUGAAGUUUAUGUACACAUGAAUGAAACUGGUGUAGUGGCUGAAGAGGCUGAGAUUUCUGCACUUUUGAAAGUGAGUGCUGGUGCAGAGAAGGGAGGUAGGGUGUAUGAGAUGAUUCAUAGGUUGAGAGCCACAGUCAGACAAGUUGCAGAAUCGACUAUGGAGAUUAUUGAAGAUUGGUUUAAAUCUGAGGGUGGUGGGAAGGUUGGUUUAGGGAAAUGGGAUGAGAGGAAGGUAAGGGAAGGAGUUGUGAAGGGGGGUGGAGGGUGGCAUGGGCAAGGGUGGUUGGGGGAUGGCCCGUGGAGAGUGACAAGAACUCAAGUGGAUGAAGAAGGUGUUUGCCAGUGUUGUGGAGAGAAGCUUGUUUGCAUCGAUAUCGAUCCAAGAGAGACAGAGCAUUUUGCUAGAUCAUUGAGUAGCUUGGCUUGCAAGAAAGAGGUCAAAUCAGAUUUCAUUCGCUUCCAGGAGUGGCUCCGUAGGCAUGGUCCAUUUGAUGCUGUUGUAGAUGGAGCCAAUAUAAGUUUGAUCAACCAGCAGCAUUUUAACUUUCGCCAGCUUAAUAAUGUCGUGAACAAAUUGCGUGAAAUGAGUCCAUCAAAGAGAUUUCCACUUAUUAUUUUGCAUAAAAGCCGUGUGACUGGAGGUCCUGCUCAACAUCCGAAGAACCAGGCGCUAUUAGAGAGAUGGACAAAUUCCGGAGCACUUUAUGCUACUCCUCCUGGUUCAAAUGAUGAUUGGUACUGGUUAUAUGCCGCUGUGAGUUUUAAGGGUCUUUUGGUGACCAAUGACGAGAUGAGAGAUCACUUGUUCCAGUUACUCGGAACAUCUUUCUUUCCGAGAUGGAAGGAGAAGCAUCAGGUUCGACUGUCUGUGUCGACAUCUGGGCUCAAAUUACACAUGCCGCCUCCUUAUUCAAUUGUUAUUCAGGAGUCUGAAAAGGGUAGUUGGCAUGUUCCCAUGAGCACUGAUGAUGAUAUUGCCACGCCAAGGCAAUGGCUAUGUUCAACUAGGCAAAGCUCAUAGAGAGAGUGUGUGAGAUAGAGAGAGAGAGAAACCCACACACAAUGAAGAAGUCAUCAAGCAACUUGGCUGUUAACUUACCUUCAUCAGAAACUCCCAAGUGACUGCAGACAUGGUUUUUCUGGUCCGGCUGAAAUCUUAGUGGCUUCACACUUGGUGUAAUCUAUGUAAAAUCAUCAAUGUUGAGCAGAAAUGGUAGUUUGGUUGUAGAGAAUAGAGAUGAACAACUGAAAUUGGCCUGGUGAAUUUGCCUUGCCAGUGGUGGUUGUAUUAGUUGGUCUUGCAGCAUUGGUUGUUGUUAAGGAAUUUGUAAGCAACAACCAGAAGAAGGUAGAUGCUUAUAGUUCAUUCAAGCUAUACUAGUUAUGAGGCUGUCUGAUACUCUAGUGAAAUAGGGAAAUGUAUUAAUCCCAAGACAUGAAUAUUACUAUUUGUUCUUUGUUAUGUGGGCAAAGGAUACAGAAGUUUGUGUACUAGCCCAUGACAAUAAUCCAGAACCUGAUAUCAAGAUAGUGCUGCAAAGUGUUAGGUUUGUCUUUCAAAAGGAAUUAAACUGGUGGUGACGAGUCAUAGUUUAUUAGCUUCAAUACUAUUCGUAAUUGGGCUUAUCAACUUUUGUUUUCAUAACAAGUUAGUAAAUUUUAUGUUAGCUUUCAAAUUCAAAUCGAUCAUUUUUGAAGAAAGUUAUUGUACAGAUGUGUGCCUCACUCGCAUGAACAAACUCUCAGUUUUUAAAAGACCCAUUUAGGAAAAACCAAGGAGGCCUCAUUUCCUGAAAGAAAGAAAGAAAGAAAGAAAGAAAGAACUAAAAUUUAGGGGCUCCUUUCAGUAAAAUACCAAAGAUUAGGGACCAAAAUGAACCUUAAUAAGAACA